CGGCAGGCAGCCCAAGGAGGAAAGGCCGAGCCAGCGACUCUCCCAGUGUCGGGCUUGAGUGUCGUCGUGUCGGGGCGCCGAAAUGUUUGCGGAGUGAACGUGCCCGGCGUGCGCUUGCAAAUUCAAAACAACUGACAUUUGCGACGGGGCAGCUGCCGUGUGUGCGUGAGUGUCCGUGUUUUCUACGCAGCCAAGUGCAAGCCGCUUUUCCGCGAUGAGUCCGGCUCUCGAUCUUAUCUCUUGAAUGAGCGGCCGACGCCGACAGAAUGCAGAAGGCUGGCGCCGACAGCGGCAGCAGUUCGCCGACGCGUGCGUCGCCGCGCAAACAGGCGAGCUUCCGAGUGCGGAGCGGCGCCGCGAGUCGACGUCGCGGUGGCGCCGCUCCAAGGGUUUUGCGCGCCUCGUGCACGGUGUCCGCGCUCGCCUCCAAGUUCAACAGCCUCUCGACCGAUGAGCCUCGCGUGGCCGUCGUCCGCUCGGCCGCCGCCAGCACCCGCACGGGUUCGACGGCCAAGCGUCGGCCGCCGGUGGCCGCCGCCGCCGUCCCGCUCGUCGACGAGCUGCGAGUUUGCCACGGUGCCGUCAGCCAUACCAUCAAAAUAUUUGAGAAGAUUGAAAACAACAAAGUCAAUGUUGUGGUGCCAAAAGAAAGUGCCAAUGGACACUGGUCGGCCAGUCCGAAGCCCAAGGUGAUGCUCAAGCCGAGCGCAUCGUUCAUCAGCCGCAAAGCCUCCGAACUGAGGGCAGUCACCAGCCGCAGGUCCAACCAGGUGCGGCCGACCGUCGCCGAACCAGCGUCUAAGGAAGAGAAUGUGCCGACCAAGAAUAAAGAAGAGAAAAGCGACGAGCCCCCGCUGCCUCCGCCCAACAAAACGCCCAAACAAGUGCCAAAUUCAACAUUCCGCUCAUAUUUACAUUCCAUAAGCAAAGAGAAUCUCAACGGAUUGCCUCUCGAAAAAGCCGCUUUGCCUCGUAUUGAAGAGACGUCCUCCGCUGUCGACUGCGAUUUUAAUGAGAGUGAUAUUGUCCAGAAAAGUGAGGACACAUCUUUAGUGGAAGAAGUGUUGAAAGAACUCGAGAGCAACAAGUUGAUUGCCGAAUGCAAGGUGCGACUGGAUCAGUUGACAGUGGCACGGGCGCAGCCUAACGUAUCAUUCCUCUUCAGUAACUCUGCUGCCCAGCAAACUACGCAGAUUUUGGAAGGUGCAACUGAGUCGUGGAGCUCCGAGGACUACGACGACGUCUACUCGUUCCAGCCAGUGGGGCAAGACAAUAAGGCUGAGUUGGAUGAAGAGUACGACUACCCUCUGCCGCAAGGCGACCAGGAUUACGACGAUUGCGGCCCCGUCGGCGAGGGAAUCUACGAAGACACGGCCACCGUGUACGAGUCCAUCGGGUCGUGCGCGCCCAGUUACUUUGAGAAGAAUAGUUUGUACGGCGGAAUCGAGGCGCUCAAGGCUGGAUUAAUCAGUCCUGCCUAUUCCAGCCACUCGAUCGGCUCCAGGGCAGAAACAAUCAGCUGUAACGACGGCCGAUCAGACAUUGAAGUCGGAAGCGAGACCAGCAGCAGUGAUGUGUGGGUCGACCUGGAUAUCUCUGAACCUGAGGAAAAACCGGCCAGACUGAUCGAAAUGACGCCAGUUUAUCGUGAGAAAGCAAAAAACAGACGCAGUCCGAGUUGGUCGCUCAAGGUUCGGCGCCAGUGGACCCAUUCAGCCAAAAAGAGAUUUAUCAACUACAGCCCCUCAAACAGUGCCAGCGAUGACAACUUGUACGAGCCUCUUUACGAAAUGCUGCCUCCUCGGCAGGGCGCGGCAAAAGAGGUGCCGACAAUUGCUCCACCACCACCCCCGCUUCUAGAUGAAAAUUAUGACAGUGAUAUAACGGACUCCAGCUUCGAUUCCGACUCGGAUGUUAAGCUGGAAAAUGUUACACUUCGGCGAGAUGAAGUGCACCUUCCGGAGCUUCCACCUCCACCGACCGGCCAGACGGGUGGCAUCACCAAAAUCGCUGAAGCCGCGUCCAAGAAGAUGAAGGACAUCAAGCGCACUUGGAAACGCGGAAUCAGCGACAAGUUGCGUCGGCUGAGCACACCCAACCCGGCGGCUAUUUAUGAGGCGCAGCAAAAAACGCUUCAAGAGAUUUCAGUUGCCGAAACCAGCCCGCCAACCAAAGAGCCGACCAAAAACAAAUACUGGACCUUUAGAAAAAAUAGCAAAUCGGGCCAAUCGCCGCGGUUUUCCACACAGAAAAGCACCGACUCAUCCAGCAGCAUUUUCUACGUCUCGCAGGAAAUCGAGCCAGUUGAUAGACUGGCGGAGCUUAUCAACAGCUGCCACAGACAUUCGUCUGGUCCUUCCAGCAGCUCAGCAAGCCUGGAGAGCGAUGUCGGACCAAAGCGACACAGCAGUAGCAUCAUUCGACCCAAGACACCGCCUCCGCCACCCCCGACCGAGUCCAAUUACAAGAGGCUGAGCGAAAACAGGCCCAAGGAGAUGUACGCCGAAAUUGAAUUUUCUAGUCUAGAGCAGCACAACAGUUUCUCGGAGAAUGAUUCUCAAAGCCAGAAAACCGAGUCCAGUGAAGAAAUCGCGGGCAACGGGAAGGGUACUUCGGCCUGCUUUGAGGACGAGCCGCUCUACCAAUUUUACGCCGAAUCAGUUCUGCAGGAGGCACAGAGGCAGCUGAACGAGGAGUCUGACUCUGACGGCUACGAGGAGAUCGGCGAGAAGAUGAUGAUGCUGAGCUCAAGGCCGAGCGCCAUGGAGCUGAUCAAACCGCACGCGCACACGGGUCAAAGGUCGCUGUGGUGCGAGGUGCCCGACGUGAUCAACAGCGGCGUGCUUGACCGACUGAGUCAGCAGCAGCGAAAGCUGCAGGAGGCUAAGUUCGAAAUCAUCACCUCGGAGGCAUCGUACAUAAAGUCGUUGAACGUGCUUAUCAUGCACUUUGUGCUCUGUCCCGAGCUGCAGGACGACCUUGUUCUUUCGAAGACUGAUAGAGAUAUUCUCUUCUCUGGCAUAAGGCCAGUGAAAUCCUGCUCGGAACAUUUUCUGUCCGACCUGGAGAAGUGCUGGCAGGACAGCAUCCUGCUAACCAACAUCUCCAGUAUCAUGGAGAAGCACGCAGCCAAAAACAUGAACGUCUACAUCAAGUAUUGCUCACAACAAAUAUACCUGGACCGCACGCUGAAGCACCUGCGCGAGACUAACGCGUCGUUCGCCUCCGUGCUGAGCAAACUAGAAGGCCACCCCGAGUGUCAGUCGCUGUCGCUGCACUCGUUCCUGAUGCUGCCCAUGCAAAGGGUCACGCGCCUGCCGCUGCUCUUCGACGCCGUGCUGCGACGCCUCUCAGCCAACUCAGACGAAUACACCUCAUGCAAAAAUGCCCUAAUGAUGGUCAACAAGUUGGUGCAGGAUUGCAACGAGGAAGCGAGGAAGAUGGAGCGUAUGAAGGAGAUGAUCGAGCUGUCGCGGCAGCUCGAGUUCCGCAGCGAGAUGCGCGCCGUGCCGCUGAUUUCCAGCUCACGCUGGCUGGUCAGGUCGGGUGAAAUGACGCAGCUGCUGACAAGGGACGAAGCCAAGCUCACCUUCGGACGCCGCAUCGCCAAGCAGGUUGUCAAUGUCUUCCUCUUCACGGACCUGCUCGUCGUUGCCAAAAAGAAAGGAGAUGAAGGCUAUCACGUCAUCGACUACUGUGCCAGGAAUAUGAUUGAUGUGGUCAACCCUGAGGAGUAUGCCGAGGGCACCAUCAAUUUGCCGUGGAAAAUUCACGAUAUCUCCUCCAAAAAUAUGCUCAUUCUCACGCUUUUGCAAAACCACGAGAAAAAAACUAACGAAAUGGUUCUGUCUUGCUCGCUUGAGUCAGACAAGCAACGCUGGUUGGCCGCUAUCACAACGCCGCAAAUCAACCAAAACAACUCAGAGGAACGGGUUUACGAGUCGUGGGACUGUCCGCAGGUGCAGGCUAUCCACGCGUAUGUCGCCCAGCAGCCGGACGAACUGUCACUUGAAGUGGCUGACGUCGUUAAUGUGCUCAGGAAGCUGCCUGAUGGUUGGUACCAGGGCGAGCGGAUUAGGGAUGGCGAGUGCGGCUGGUUCCCCGAAAACUACUGCAAGGAGAUCUUGUCGAGCCACGUGCGGGCGCGCAAUCUGCGGCAACGCUACCGGCUGCUCGCGCUCACCAGCGAGUACAUCGACGUGCAGCGCAAGGCUGCGCGCGUCGGCGGCGCCAACUCUAGCAAAAUCAAACUCACGUCCAGUGAAAAACUAGAAGUACACUAACACUCAGCCAUGCUCCAAACACGCUCCAUUUGGUUAGCCAAGCACGUGAUUCUCUGGAAAUCUGAUUAAAAGUUCAACAUUAAGAGAGUUUAUAAAUUAACAUAAUAUUUGUGAUUAAAACCUUAAGUGUUAAGUUAUAUAUCUAA